ACAGAGUCUGAGGACGACGGCAAAUAGUUAGCUCGCUGGCAGUCACUCUUCCAGGAAAAGUGGCAGAUUUUCCACUUUAAUUGUACUGCGUAUGCGUCGUUCGAUUGUUAUAUUGUUUUUGAUGUUUGUGCUAAAAGAUAGGAAUUUUUGUUAAACAAUAGUAACGAAGUUAACGACAUCAAACGAAGUGCCAGCGAGCUAGCUGUCAGCCUAGUUAGCCUGAACGGUUACAGCUAGUUAGCCGGCAGGUACAUCGAUACUGAAAAGUCGCUACUCCGGUGGUAAAAGCUGAAGCUGUGGAAAAAUGACAUCCAGGAAGAAAGUUCUCUUGAAAGUCAUCAUCCUGGGAGAUUCUGGUGUUGGAAAGACUUCCCUCAUGAACCAGUAUGUGAAUAAGAAGUUUAGUAACCAGUACAAGGCUACAAUAGGAGCAGACUUCUUGACCAAGGAGGUGAUGGUGGAUGACCGGCUUGUUACAAUGCAGAUUUGGGACACAGCUGGCCAGGAGAGGUUUCAGUCUUUGGGGGUUGCCUUUUACCGUGGAGCAGACUGCUGUGUGCUGGUGUUUGACGUGACUGCACCCACCACCUUCAAGACACUCGACAGCUGGAGGGACGAGUUUCUUAUCCAAGCCAGCCCUCGAGAUCCUGAGAAUUUCCCCUUUGUAGUGUUGGGCAACAAGAUUGACUUGGAGAAUAGACAGGUAACCACCAAAAGGGCUCAGGCUUGGUGUCAGAGUAAGAACAACAUCCCAUACUUUGAGACCAGUGCCAAAGAAGCCAUUAAUGUAGAACAAGCAUUCCAGACUAUUGCACGUAAUGCCCUCAAACAGGAGUCAGAGGUGGAGGUGUAUAAUGAAUUCCCUGAGCCCAUAAAACUGGACAAGAAUGACAGAGCGAGGGCUUCAGCAGAAAGCUGUAGCUGCUGAGGGAAAACUUGGACCAUCUUCUCUCUUGGCUUUCUGAAAUGCCAUCACUGGUUGGAUCACCUGCACCUUGCUCCUGGGGAAAGGACUCCCCCUCUGGUCUUCCUCCUUCAUGUCACUGUUCAUCCCGCUGAUACCCCCUUAUGCAGUACACAGCACAUGGAUGUAUUCCCACACUAUAGCAUACAAAUUAGUACACUAAUGUGCGUUCAUUAUUACAAUGAUAUAUCCAGUGCCCAAAGAUCAAUCAAGGACCCACUUUUUGCCCUCACAGUCCCUGACCUUUAUGUGCUGAUUAUGGUCCCUAACCCUGAGCAGGCAACUUGGAGCCAUGAGCACAGUGCAGUGGAAGCUCCUGGACUGCCUGAGGCUCUGAAAUGGUGAGAAAACAUUGGUAAUAUCAGCAUCCUGAGUGUCUUAAUUUUUAUUCUGUUUCUCCAGAUAUUUUUGUUUUAUGUUGCCUGUGUAUCAGACGAUCACCUUUAACAUUUGGCUUAUGCUGUGUCUAAAGCCAGUCUAAAAUACUUUUUUGUUGUUGUUGUUGCACUUUUUAUGUUUAUUUUUGCCUUUAAGUGUUGUCAGAGGGAUGACUGAUUUUGGACAUCUAUAACACCCCCAAAUGCCAACUUUGUUGAAUUAUGCUGUAGACCUGUUGAAGACAUUAGGUGACUAUUUGCCUUGUUCCCCUCAUGGUGGUUUAACUGGUAUGUCACAGUCUUGUACUAGAGAACUUUUCCUUAGCAGGGAAUCAGUGAAGGCAUUCUGUGUAAACGAUACAUUAAUUCCUUGAUAUAUUUGCCUCCUGGGUAACAUUAAUUAUACAGCUACUGUUACCAUUGUAUGUGUUACAUCCCUCAUCAGAGAUCUUUUCUCUUCAUGGAAUUCCAGUUUUUCACUAAACACAACAUUCACUUGUUUAUCAUUGUGUCUUAGUUAUUGCUUUUCUCUCUGCUUGUAGCUCAGGUUGGCUAAGUACUUAAUAUUUUAAUGGUUUAUUAUGGUGUAUAGAUGUUGAAAGGGGUGGUGAGUUGAACUGAAAUCGCGUUCCAUUUAAAGAAAAGAUUCAAAUUUUUUUGCCCUGGUAUUACUCCCUCUUAUAGAAGAAUCACUGCAAUGCCAAUGAUGUUGUCAAACUGGACAUAAAAUAAUAAAAUUCUUGAAUAUAUCA